UUAAUCAUAACAUUACAGACGGACUCACAAAUGGGAACGUUUCAUAAUCAUAAUAAGUCCAAAAACUCCAAAUCGUUUGCAGUAUUAUUGUAUUUAAUAUCACUGACACCUGUUCUCUCUGUAGCGGAGGAAUUUGCAGUGAUAAACAUUCAUAAACAUGAGUUUUCUAGUGGACAGCCACAGCUGUCUGGAAAAGGUGUCGACGACGUCAGCUUUGGAAGGGAAGAUAAUGAUAAUAUUCUGCUACAACACAUUAAAGGAAGAUUUGCAAGCAUUGGUAAAACUGCUAAGGCGAAUGGAAGAUUACAUAUGGCUGACUCUGAUUGUGGAAAAAAGGAUGCAGAGAGUUAUGCCAGGCUACCACAAGACUGGAUAGCUGUUUUUCAUUACCCAGAGAGAGGCACACUAGAUGAUGGUUGUCCAUCAGUAAUAGACAGGAUGCAGAAGGCCCUGAUGUUUGGAGCCUCAGCUAUCAUCAUACUUACUCUAAACCAGGAUAUACUAAAAGAGCUUGAAGUCAAACAGAUGUUUUCUUUCCCUGUGAUAAUUGUGGAAGCUUUGGAGAAUAUUACAGAUAUGAUAGUGGUCCUUAAAAGUAAAAUAAAGUCUAAGGCUAGCAUUAGGAUUAACAUGACACAGCAUAAUAUUGUGAUCUACCCUACAUUGACCCUAUGGUCUACAUGUGGUAGGACUUACGGGAAAGGUUAUCAUGAAUGGGACGGAGUUGUCUGUCUUGGUCAUCAGGAAAAUGAAGAAAAGGCUGAUCCUGCAAACUUUUGGAACUUUUUCUACUCAAUUUUAUUGACUUUGAUGAUCUUAGUGGCCAUUAAAACAAGAUUACUUGAUGUCGGUGAUGGAGACAGUGAUAUAGAGAGAUCACUAAGAAAAUUAGCUCAAGAAUCUCUGAUGUUGAUGAAAACAAGGAAAUAUAAGUAUGAUAUGUCAGGUGACAUUUGUGCAAUAUGUUUGGACCAAUUCAGUCCUAAACAGAAAUUACGGGUGCUUCCAUGUUCUCACGAGUUCCACACCAAAUGUGUAGACCCUUGGUUGGUGAAAAAUAGGACUUGUCCACUGUGUAAACUCAACAUUGUUGAGACUCUACAUGGUGGUUUCCUUGGUAACUAAUCACUGAUGCAUGAACAAUAAUUGGUCGUUUGGAUGCUACACAUACAGGGUGUUUGGUUUUGUACUUACUGCCUUUUUAAAUGUAUUUAUUAUUUAUCAUGAAAAUUUGUGAUCUUACAGGGCAUUUAUAUCUUUAACAUGUCCUAUUAUUUAUUAAGAAUUACAAGCUUGUUAGACGUUAAUCAUGUAUGUGCAAACAAAAUACAACCAACAAAUUAAUAGGGAAUAGUCUUUAGGAAUACAGAGAUCAUAGUACCUCAGCAUUGCAGCAAAACAGCGGACAUCGGGACCAGACUAAAGAAAAAAGAAUGAAGAGACAAACAACAAUAACAAAACAUAACCAUUGAUUACACAGAAAACAAAGAUUUAUUAACAGGAUCUCCACCAAUAAUCAAGGAGAACUGGGUUCCUCCAGGAGGGUAAUCAGUUCCUGUUUGCACCAGUAUCACCCAUCAUGUUCUUCAUGGGGUUCCAUCUGGAAAAGGGGGGUUCAAAUUUUAGGUUUUCAUCAGUUCGUACCUGAUUUACUGUAAAUUCAGAAAUUCAAUGCGAAAAUUGCAACUCCUUGAGUAUUGCAAUAAUAAGAACUCGCAUUCUGAUAUAAUUUACAUAUAUAUGUAAGAAGCUUUUUAUACGACCACAAAAAAAUUUUUGUGGUCGUAUAUUGGUAUGACGUUGGCGUCAUCGUCGUCGUCGUCGUCCGAAGACACAUUGGUUUUCGCACUCUAACUUUAGUUUAAGUGAAUGGAUCUCUAUGAAAUUUUACCACAAGGUUCAAUACCACAAAAGGAAGGUUGGGAUUGAUUUUGGGGGUUAUGGUACCAACAGUAAAGGAAUUAGGGGCCAAAAAUAAGCAUUUUUGUAACUUCCAGACAUAACUUGUGUGUUAGUGUAUGGACCUCUCUGACAUUGUACCACAAGGUUCCAUAUCACAAAAGGAAUGCUGGGAUUGAUUUUGGGGGUAAUUGCCUCAAAAUUUUAGGAAUUAGGGGCCAAAAAAGGGGCAAAAAACAAGCAUUUUUCUAGUUUCAUGACAAUAACUUGUGUGUAAGUGUAUGGAUCUUUCUGAAAUUGUACUACAAGGUUCCAUAUCACAAAGGGAAAGCUGGAAUUGAGUUUGGGGGUAAUUGCCUCAAUAUUUUAGGAAUUAGGGGCCCAAAAGGGGCAAAAAACAAGCAUUUUUCUAGUUUCAGGACAAUAACUUGUGUGUAAGUGUAUGGAUCUUUCUGAAAUUGUACUUCAAGGUUCCAUAUCACAAAGGGAAAGCUGGGUUUGAGUUUGGGGGUAAUUGCCCUAAACGUUUAGGAAUUUGGGGCCAAAAAGGGGCCAAAAAACACAUUUUUCUAGUUUCCAGACAAU